AUGCUGCUUAGGGUCAACAGGCUCAAGACUGAAAUAGUAUCCUCCUGCGGCGUUGACGAUCUUCGACAUCAUCUCGAAAUCAAGGAUGUGAUCUUCGACAUCAUCUCGUCCUUGGGCAAUGGUUGCUUGUCGCCAAAGAAAUUUCCCCUCGACGACCAUGCCAACUGGGACUUACUCUUUGGCGAUACCUCAGCUGUCAGUGAUACUCUCAAGAGAUGGUUUCAACCCAAUCGGAUCACCAUUUAUCCCCAGGCUUUGUGUUCACAGCACCAAGCUUUACAGGAUUGA